GAAGCAUGCGCUUAUUGCAAAGCAAACAAAUCCAAAAUGGCGGCAGUUUUGAAGAAGUUAAAACCAAUGUAAACAAACGCGCAAUAAGGCAAGCGCUUUCAACGGUUUUUCCUAAAUAUCCAUCUUUGUAAGAUGCUAUAUAAACAAGUGGUAAUCCGAUUGUUUCUUUGUAUAAAAUGUUCUUCUCGAGAGUAUAACUUUACGUAGAUCUUUGUCUGGUUUACUGAGAAGAAGAGAAGACCGCUUUUGGUCAUGCUUGGGUCAUAAAGAUUGAUUGCUAUUUAUCUAAUAUGGCUGAGGCUGCAUGUCUAUCCUCGAAGGAUGAAGAAAACAAAGACAGCAAAGCCAGACAGGACGGGGAUGGAUACGAGUCAAACGAAACGCCAGUGGUUCUAACAUCAAAUGGAAACGAGAAAACAUCGAAUGAGAUGUCCGCCCAGGAUCAAAAUGACUCAGAAGAAAGCUCAAAUAUUUAUGUCGUAGAGGGGGAAACUCACAAAGGCAACGCUGGGGAGAAAAAAGAAACGAGCGCGCGCGCAACUUUGGCGUCACAGAAGGAUCUACGUCUACGUCAACAACUCCGACAACUUCAAAGCCAAGAGUUGAUUCGCCGUAUUUUACAGUCAACUGUUGUUGUACCGAAUUAUCUUACAAAAACUGCUAGUACUGCUGAAGGUGACGGUCAGGUGGUUAACGAAACGACAAAGGAUAAAGAAUCACUUCAGAAGCAAAACAAUUUAGCUCAAGGCGGAAAUAAUAACUCGGGCGCCAAGGAAAAAGAAGACAAAGAGGACGAGGUAAAAUCUGUGAUUGAAAACUUUGUUCAAACACAAAAAAGUCCUCAUAACAAUGACCCAAGUGUGAUAAAAAAUAUAUCGAAAAGUUUUGAAGGCUCCAGUACUUUACAAGAAAAACAUCCAAUGCAGCCACCUUCAGCUUUUGUCUGUAGCAUGUGUAGCUCACCACAUACGGAAACAGCAACAAAGAGUGAGAAACAGUAUGACAACACAACAAAAGACUGUGACUCCUUACAAAGCACCCAGGAUGGAUCUGUGAGUUCACUAUCUCCAAAUUCUGAAGAAGACCAAGAGAAAGGGAACUCAUCUGCUCCUCAAACUAUCACCACUAAGGGUAGGGAACCUCCUGAUGUGUUGCAACUGAGUGAAAGAUUGCAGCAGCAACCAAGCCAUGAAACACUCGAUGAGAUAUUGAAACUGCUUCAGAGUCAGGUGAUGACAACCCAAAGCCAGCAACCAAAGGAGACACUAUCACUCAGGCCACCUGUUAUGCAGCAGACAAACACCCCUGAUAGCUGUGUGAUGGGAGAGGGUACUAACGAUGUGUUGUGGAAUCAUCAUCAGCAAAUUACAAUGAUGGGAGCACAACCCAACCUUCGUGAGAAGCACUCUCGACAACUAGCAGACAUGAGAGACUACUAUGAAGGUGAGAUGAUGAAAUUACGGGAUCAGCUUGAGAUGCUGCGAGGAAACAUGUCUGUCCUGCAAGAGGCAGUUCCUGUGAAAAUGCUGGAAGCCGCCAAUCAUAGACUGGAGGCCCGUUGUAACCUGAUGGAGGAAAUAGCUGCUGAUCUGAAGGCUAAAUACACCAAACUGAACCAACACACCCAGGAAGUGGAGGUGACUUGUAAUGAGUUGAGGCAGACAAAUGAAGCUCUUGAGAUGAGGUGCCUCUUGUUACAAAAGUCAAACCAGGAACUGGACGACAAAGCCAAAACUCUAGAGGAUAAUAACCGGAUCAUGGAAUCCAAGGUGUUACAUUUGAAUCAGGCAAAUGAGAAUGCCUAUAAGUCCUGUCGUCAACUGGAAGAGGGAAACAAACACUUUGAAAAGACCUGUAAGAAUAUUGAGGAAUUGAAGAACAAGAUGGAAACCCGCUACAGGAAGUGCAAGGAGGAUAACUUGAAGUUGACUGGAGACGUCAAGGACUUGCAGGAGUCUCUCCUCUCUGUCAACAAGAAUCAACAAGAACUUGAGGACAGUAUAUCAACCCUAGAGAGAGAAAAGAGAGACUGGAUGAUGAAGCUAGAUGCUUCACAAAAGAUGUCUGAAGCUACACAGAAGAGAUAUGCAGAACAGAAGGCAGACUUAGAAAAGAAGCAGACAACACUGAAUAAGAUGGAGGAACAGAUGGGGAAGCUCUCCACCUCCUUGGAUGCCACUUCCAAGGCCAAAUCAGAGCUAGAGAAGAAUGCAGAAAGAGACAAAGAACUUCUCAAAAGGCUUCUUGUUGAAUAUGAUGCACUGGCCAAAGAACACAAUCAGACUAAGGCCAAUGUAGAUUCCUGGGCAGAGAAAGUCAACUCUUCACAAGAUGAGGUGGACAGUCUUCGUGGAACCAUAACAAAGCUGAUUCGACGUAAUACCACUCUGGAGGACUCUCUGAGAGAGGCACUGGCUCAGCAACUUGGAUCAUCAGGCAAGUCUGAGUACACCCCACCCUCAGCGCGCAAGACAUGGGGUACCCCAGUCGCACUAAGGGCUGAGCACUCUGACCCAGGGCAAAGGUCCUUGUUGUUGGACUAUGACAUCCCAAGUAGAGGCCCUCGAACGAGCUCACCAGCCAAAUCUGAGCACACGUCACACUCAGGGCACAGUGACGUGUCACACAUCUCCAACAGUAGUGUGAUGACACAGAAGGUGCCACAAGGGCCGAGUGGAAAGGUCACAACAUCUCCUAAUGGCAUCAAAUUUGAGAUUCCUUGGGAAACUAGCAAAUCCUCUCCAUCCAAGUCGCCGGUAAAGCGUAACCUUGCCAAAGCUUACAGUCCUGACAAGUCUAGUAGCAAAACACCAGGCAACUUGGUACUUAAAAAAUCCGAUCUUGUCACGCGUUUCGAUGUGGUGUUUGAAGACACCAACUCAGGACAGGAAGUGACCCGGUCCCAUACUGGAAGGACUAGUCGUGCUUCAGGGGAAUCACCAACCUCCAUCUACGUCUCGAGCCCUGGAACGAACAUGUCGGAGUCCACACCCACUGCUGGGCAGCGGUUAGUGAGUGGUGCAGCCGAGGCGGCGCUCAAUGCCUUGAGGACUGGACGUGUGACAUCUCAAGCCGAGUGGGAGACUGGAGAAAAUUCAAAGAAAAACAGAGAGCGGAGUCGUGAGAGAAAGUCUAGUGGUAAAUCAAGUGAGACUUCCUCUGAAAAACGUGAUGAAGUUGUCCACAGACUGGAGCGCAAGUUUUCAAGCCUGACCGAGGAGCGGAAAAGGCUUGAGUCCACUUUAAGCCGCAUCCCUGGUCAUCGCAUCACCAAACGAUCCAAGGACGACAAGGAAUUUCUGGAGAAAAGGCUGGAUGAAGUUGUCCGAGAUAUCGGAUCUGUCCGGAUGCAAUUGCGUCGCCACCACGCCCUCUAAGACCCAUGGGAAAACGAAAAUAUUCGUGAAAGUAGUCUUAAUAUUUCGGCAGAUGGCCUAGCUCUUGAAGAAAUUCAUUGUCGCGUUUUAUUGGAGCUGAUAAAUUUUUAUACAUUUUUAUACAUAAACUUUAUUAGACAGAGUAGAUUUGACAGAGUACAUGAUGCGGUAUUUAUAGCCUUAUCUGAUAUUUAUACAAGAUGACAAGGAUAAUCACUCUUAGUAAAGUGACCCAGUGUUGUUCAUAUA